AUACUCUCGCCUGGACCGUCCGAUGAGCGCCACGUCAUCGAUCCGGGUCAUUUCGAAAUUCCAACGGUCGAGAUUCGUCCUGCCGCACUGCUACUCCGAAGAACGAAGAAGCUGCUCUCCACUCUUCUCUUUCAUUCUCGAGAGUGAAAACAAAAUCCGGAAAUUUAAUCCUUUCAAUUUCCUGCAAAAAUUUUCCACCGAGAUCAAAUCGAAGAAGAAGAGAAAAAUGUCCGAAGACAGGAAUUCGGAUCAGUUGAGCAGCGAAGAGGAAGAGGAAGUUGAAAACGGCGCCGUCGGAGUUGACUCCGACGAGGAGGAGGAGGAUGUACGGAGCGGUGACGAUGAAGACGAUGAUGAAUCCGAAGACCAAGAGGAUGUUGAGGAUCUGGCAACAUCAACGCUAGUUCGGCCAAUUUCUGAUGAAGAUGCUGGCAAUUCUAGUGAUUUUGAUCCUGAAGAGAAUUCCAAAGAAGAUGAAGAUGAGGAUGAAGAUGAAGAUGAAGAAGAAGAAGAAGAAGAGGAUGAUGAUGAUGAAGGAGAUGUAGUGGUUCCACCAAAGGGGAAAAAUUCUUCUGUUGGAAAGGUUAAUGGCCCACCAAAGAGGAAAAGGUCAGCCAAAGGCGAUUCCGAUGAGGAAGAAGAAGACAAAGAGGGUGAUGAUGGGGAGGAAGCUGAAUAUGAAGAUGAAGAGGUGAAGAACAUCACACCAAAGAAGAACAAUUCAUUGGGAAAAGAUGAACCCAAAGCGGCAAAAAUUGCACGCACGAAGUAGCCGAAGAUUGAUUUCUUGUGAUGCCGGCACAAAGGAUGAAGAGAUACCACUCUCUGUAGGUCACUUACUCUCUUCCUUCUUUACCUUGUUAACUCCAUUAGUAUCAUUAUUAUCUAUCUAUCUAUAGAAACAAAAGGCAAAUGGUGCUUCGCGCCCGUGGCUUGUAAGGUCAAAACUUUGUUCGUCAAAUUCGUAGUUGUGUGGCGUUGCGUUUGUGGGAUGCUGCUUCUGCUAGAAACAUGCUCUGUUUUUGUGGUGUAAUUCCUCUGCUCAUGACAAUAUAGUAGCGUUGGUCAUAUUCUAGUUCAAUAAGAGUUCACUUUUUAGAAAUGCUAUUGCUUUAUUUCUUUAUGAUACAACAAUUAAGCCUUUAAAAUCAUAAAGAUGCUCCAGAAAA